AUUAUUAUUCACUGUUAUUUUUGGUAAUACAUUUUGGUAAUAUCAUUUGUUAUUCAUAAUCUUGUGAAUAUUCAAUGCAGACGUAUAAGUAUUUAUUGAUUGUAAAUUAAAAUGGGCGAGAAGAAAUUUAAUUUUCGUUUAAAUAAAACUAAUGAUUUAGUAACAAAUAAAAAUUGCAUUGUACCAAUGAGGUUAUGGGAAAGAUUACAAAUGAAUGAAUGGAAUUUUAUUUGUUUACUCUUUGUAGUAUCAUUAUCUAUUGUUUUGGGAAAAUUAUAUAUAAAUUAUGGUAGUAUUUUAGAGCCACAAAAUAGUAUUAAAUAUAUAGUCUCAACAACAUCUAUAUUUUCAAAUAUAUCUAAUAUAUUUGGUUUAUUAUAUGUACCUGAUGUAUCAGAAUUCAAUAUAAAACAAUUAACAGUUCUAAGUGAAAAAUUUGUUAAUAAUAGUCAAUACGAUGAUGUUGUAAAUGUAAUGACAUUAUUUUUUAAAUCAUAUGGAUGGCUAAUAAGAGCAGCAAUAUGUGGUCUUAUUAUGAUGGGUUUUACUUGGUUUAUAAUUUACAAAGAUAGCAGUAUUCCUGGAAUCAAUCCACCUACUCCUUUUAGUCCUUCUAAGCAAAAAUUUGCAAAAACAUCAGGGAUACAAAUGAAUUAUUUGAUUGGAAUACUUAAUGGUAUAUUAAUUUUCGUCUACAUGUGUCUUUAAUGUUUUAACAUUCUUGAACAAAAUAAUGUUGAUGUGAAAUGAUUUGAAAUAAUGUUUAUAUAAUUUAUAGAAGAUUGUAUAAUGUUGUAUAUAUUUAUUCAUUAUUACUGUUAAUUAAUAUUGUAUCUAAUUUAAUAAUUAAUAAGUAAGAUAAA